AUGUCGUCUAGGGCCGCGUCAGGACGAAGACGACUGCAAUCAGGAAACACUUCAUCGUCCAAGUCGAAGCAGCUCAAGGCUACAACUGCAGCAUCGACGGAAGGGCAUGCUGAGAAAAGUUUCUUGAGUGCCCUACGACCAUUGCGCCCGACAGGUUCCGCCCAAUAUGCGCCACCGCUCCUACUAACUUCGCCGAUGCCUUCCACGUCGUACGCGCCUGGCCCAGCGCCGCAGCCGGUACACACAGAUAACGAAGAUAGCGCCCUCCCGCCGUCGCCAAUGUCCAACGCGCAGCCACGAUCACCCCUAGGCUUGGUUCCGCCGCUCUCGUCUGUGCCUGAUAAUACCUUACGUGUGCUCUCGCCGCUACGGAAAGAUGACAAUAUAAUUAUGCCGACUCCCCCACCUCCAUUGCUCGAGUCAUGGGCAGAAUCCUCCGAUUCCGGUUCGGUGACCUCAGAUACCAGCUCUCAUUCCUCCAUGGACGUCAAUGCGCCGACCUCGUACUUUUCCCACUCCUCUGGAUCCACAGAUUCCCAGCCCACAGCCUCGCCCUCUUCGUUCGUCUUUCCAUCCUCGCGGUCCAGAGCACACCCAUCUUCGCCCCCUCCAAAGUUCAAGCUCAAGCCAAAGAAGGACAAAGGGAAACAGGUUGAAACUCGGGUUCAUCCAGUUGUAUCGGACCCACCCCACAGCCAGUCGCCUGAACCAUACACCUCAAUUCUUGGUUCUUCCGGCUCUUCGUCCAAGUCUCUGUCGCCUCACUCGCACAACUCUACAGAAGUCGGAUCUAGCUUUGUCUUCCCCUUAUCCAGGUCAAGAGCGCACCCGAGCUCGCCUCCUCCAAUGCUCAAACUACCUUUGAAAAAGAAAUCCAGGUCCUCCGCUAACAGUGACCGCCACGGAGACUCACAUCGUCGUUUCAUGGGUAUACCCUUAAACAGGAAAAAGAAACCUAGUCAAGACCAAUCUGCCGACACAGCCUCUGACUUAUCGGCCUCAGAUCCUUCUUCUUCCCGACCGUCUUCAGUCGAUACAACUUCGUACAUAGGAUCUACGAGUUUCAGCAUAGACCCACAGUGGGCAUCGACAUCGUCUCCGUCUAAGCGCGACUCAUACCCCCUCGAUCCGUACGAUUCGAUAUUGUUAGAGCAGGACCGUUUAGGUACUGGACUAUUAAAGCAUCUAAACAGCGUCGAUGGUCCUUCGUUUCACCAUUAUGGCAACAAUCCCCCCGCUACUGUGCUUGACUUGGGUUGCGGCGAGGGUCAUUGGAUGCUAGAUGCAGCUGUAGCAUGGAAAGGCUACGGAACAAAGGUCACAGGCUUCGAUAUGGUUGACAUCACGAAAUCGCUUCGCGCUGCAGCUGCUCAGAAUGGAGUUUCAGAGAAUAUCUCGUUUGUUAAGGGCCACUUUUUGAAAAAUGAGCUCCCCUUUCCCAGUGAUUCGUUUGAUCUUGUGCGGAUGUCCAACCUGACGUACGCAAUACCCUUCGAGAAAUGGGAAUUUGUUCUCCGAGAAGCUUGUCGCGUGCUGACUGUCGGUGGGCGAUUAGAACUGAUUGAUGACCACGUUUUUUUUCCAUAUGGCAAGCCGGCCCUUCCAACAGCACCACUCGAUGAGUCCAGUGACGCGGAUUCAUUAGCGCGAUAUUCUCAGCUGCAUCCUGACAGUGAUCGUGUCGAUCCAAUAACGGAGGAGGAGGAGGAGGAGGAGGAGGAGGAGGACUAUGACGUGGAGGAAGAAGAGGCCUCUGAUACUGCAACAUUGAAUGGCAAACGACACGACACAAGUUUAUCGACCCCCACUAGCGGUCCAUCUAAUUCCGUCUCCUCCUCUCUUCUCCCCGCCGAGUUUCAUGCUGACCCAUGGACGGACCAAGCCUCUGCUGCACGAGAACUUGAGUCCCUUUUUGAGCAUCUGCAUAAUACGAGAUAUGAGAUCCAUCUCUGUCCAAGUCAGUUCAUCGUGGAGAUGCUGCAGGAGAUCUUUGGGCACUCAAGGGAGGUGCGGACGAUGCAUCUGACGCUCGCCCCGCCGGAUCCUGGACCGGAGAAGGGUCGACCUCCUGAUGAAGUCCACCAGCUAACGCAUGCGCCGGGGCUCAUGCUGUGGCCCUCCACGCUCAUCCCUCUACCCCGGACGGAGAUCGAAGUCCAUGCGCUGAAACAUCCAAGGGUCCUCUUGUCGCUCAAAGCGGCCCUGAUGAGCUAUGCGGUGGAGAUCGCGGAGGAAGAUGACGUUGACGAGGAAGUGGUGAGGGAAUCUUUGUGGGAUUAUGAAGGAUUCUUGCACGAGCGGUUCAACCCCCCACAGUACAUCCAUGGGAGUGUAGAUCAUAUUCCUCAGGCUACAUCCUAUACUCGACAGGAUUCCGAUAAUAGAAGCACGCGAGAUUCUAUAUUUUCGGUUGGGUCUCUCUCAUCAGAAGGUCGGUCUGCGAUGCAGGAGUAUCAGUCUGAACUCCGUGAUCAUCUCGCAUGGUCGCUCGAAGAUACAAGGGUAUCUCCCCCACCACGUCAACACAUUCCCCACCCUCAGGAUGAUAGCCAUACUCGAACAGCAGCACCGAGUAUCUUGACAUUGCCGAGCUUUGCGACGGUCAGCCCGACGGACGCAACAGCUCCUCCGGAUUACUCUCGUUACGAGCCCACCCAUGUUCGAACAUUUCAUGUUUUUGAGGCUAUCAAGAUGGAUGAGACGCUCCUUGGGGCUGCGAUUUAA